UCGCUCCCGUUAAAAAGUUUGGUCCUUUACUCCUUUUGUGUUUGGUAAUAGAAGUGGCGUUUAAAAAGUUUGGUCCUUUUUGUCAGCGAAGGUUUUGUCUCUUGACCGAACUUAGUUAAACCCUUAGUGCUAAUGCUAGAACUAAAGCAACUAAAUGGUUCUUCUCCACAAAAGCUUAGGACUUGUCAAACGAUUCUCAACCUCAUCGACAUCCUCUGCUUCCGAAUGGAAAACCCAACAGACUCUGUUCCGAUCAGCCACCGAGAUCUCUUCCAUCCUCUUACAACGACGCAACUGGAACACUCAUCUCCGCUACGUCAAAUCCAAGCUCCCGAGAGCGACACUCACACCGCCUCUGUUCCUCCAUAUCCUCCGCGAGACUCGAAACUCCCCUAAAACCGCUCUCGAGUUCUUCGACUGGGCCAAAACCCAUCUCCGUUUCGAGCCUGAUCUCAAGUCUCACUGUCGCGUCAUCGAAGUUGCCGCCGAAGCAGGUCUCUUGGAGCGAGCAGAAGCUCUCUUGCGUCCUCUGGUUGAGACCCAUUCAGCGUCUAUGAUCGUUGGGUCGAUGCAGCGGUGGUUUGAAGGUGAAGAAGGUUCGCUCUCUGUCUCUCUUAGCUUAGCUCUCGAGUGUUAUGUCUCAAAGAGUAGUAGUUACCAGAACGGCUUGGAAGUGUUUAGCUCGAUGAGAAGGUUGAGACUUUCGCUUUCGGUUAGCGCUUAUAACUCUCUUCUCGACUCUCUUGUUAAAGAGAAGCAGUUCGGAGUGGCUUUGUGUUUGUACUGUGCCAUGGUUCGAAACGGGGCUGUCUCCGAUGGGUUCACUUACGAUUUAUUAGCUCAGGUUCUGUGUGAACACGGGAGACACAAGAGUGUUGUUAAGCUGAUGGAGACAGGUGUUGAAAGCCGCAAGAUCUACACCAGUCUCGUGGAGUGUUACAGCAGAAACGGGGAGUUCGUUGCGGCGUUUGGCCUCAUUCGCGAGAUGGAUGACAAGAAACUGGAGCUGAGUUUCUCUUCUUACGGAUGCGUGUUGGAUGAUGUCUGCAGAUUUGGAGAUGCCGAGUUGAUCGAUAAGGUUCUUGUUCUGAUGGUAGAGAGAGAUGGUUCGAUUGUGGAUGAUGAGAUCAUCGAAAGGCUCUGCGAGAUGGGGAAAACGUUUGCCUCUGAGAUGCUUUUCCGCAGAGCUUGUAACGCUGGAACAGUGCGGUAUGAGACGUACGGUUGUAUGUUGAAGUCUCUGUCUAGAAACGGGAGAAGAAAAGAAGCUGUUGAUGUAUACCGAAUGAUCUGUCGGAAAGGUGUUUGGAUACAUGAUGAGAGUUGUUAUACCGAGUUCGCAAAUGCUCUAUGCAUAGAUCAUGAUGAUGAUGAUGAUGAUACUAACUCAGAGGAACUGCUUGUGGAUGUUAUAAACCGUGGUUACGUCCCCUGUACACGAAAGCUAUCAGAAGUCUUAGCUGCUAUGUGUAGGAAAAGAAGAUGGAACCAAGCAGAGAAGCUUCUUGAUUCGGUUAUGGAAAUGGAAGUUUAUUUCGACUCCUUUUCGUGCGGGUUGCUGAUGGAGCGCUAUUGCAGAACCGGGAAGUUGGAGAAGGCGAUGGUGCUUCAUGAGAAGAUAAAGAAGAUGAAAGGAAGCUUGGAUGUGAAUGCUUAUAACGCGGUUCUCGAUAGGCUUAUGACGAGGCAAAGAACCAUGGUGGAAGAGGCUGUUGGAGUGUUUGAGUACAUGAAAGAGAUGAGUACAAUGAACAGCAGGAGUUUUGCAAUCAUGAUUCAUGGGCUGUGUCGUGUGAAGGAGAUGAAGAAAGCUAUGAAGUAUCAUGAUGAAAUGUUGAAGUUGGGGUUGAAACCUGAUUUAGCAUCAUACAAACGUCUUAUCUUAGGUUUUAAAUGAAGAUUUCACUUUGUUUGUGCACAAAAAGCAAUGACUCAAACACACAGAGUUUGUUACAUUUAUUGGUCAAGACGAAGCCACUCAAGUUCCAGUUC